AGCGUCAAGUCCAUCGCGGUGCUGGCGCUGAGCUCGGUGGACGGCGACCCGGUGGCGGGCAUCUGCUACGUGGGCAACCAGAGCCUCGACAACCUGCGCGGCUUCGUGCUGGCGCCGCUGGUCAUCUACCUCUUCAUCGGCACCAUGUUCCUGCUGGCCGGCUUCGUGUCGCUGUUCCGCAUCCGCUCGGUCAUCAAGCAGCAGGGCGGCCCCACCAAGACGCACAAGCUGGAGAAGCUCAUGAUCCGCCUGGGCCUCUUCACCGUGCUCUACACGGUGCCCGCCGCCGUGGUGGUCGCCUGCCUCUUCUACGAGCAGCACAACCGGCCGCGCUGGGAGGCCACGCACAACUGCCCGUGCUUGCGGGACCUGCAGCCCGACCAGGCGCGCAGGCCCGACUACGCCGUCUUCAUGCUCAAGUACUUCAUGUGCCUGGUGGUGGGCAUCACCUCGGGCGUGUGGGUCUGGUCG